GUUUUUGAUAAACUCGGCGAUUCGUGUGCCGGUCUAUUCCAUUCCUUCGUUUUUGUGAUUUUACUUACAAAGUAGCGAUCGCUUAAAGUACGUUCGUCUGUGCAAUAGUUUCGGAAAGAAUCGAAUAAGUAACGCAAUGGCAACCAAAAUCAAGGCCGGACCAGUGGUCGACAUCCUUGGCGAUGAAAUGACCCGCAUUAUCUGGGACUCGAUCAAGGAGAAACUGAUCCUGCCGUUCCUCGACAUCGAGCUGCACACGUACGAUCUGGGCAUGGAGCACCGAGACGCCACCGACGACAAGGUGACGGUUGAAUGUGCCGAGGCCGUGAAGCGCUACAACGUUGGCAUCAAGUGCGCCACCAUCACGCCGGACGAAGCGCGCGUGGAAGAGUUCAAGCUGAAGCAAAUGUGGCGCUCGCCGAACGGCACCAUCCGUAACAUUCUCGGCGGUACCGUGUUCCGGGAGGCGAUCAUCUGCAAAAACAUCCCCCGGCUGGUUCCGGGCUGGGAGAAGCCGAUCAUCAUCGGCCGUCAUGCGCACGGUGAUCAGUAUAAAGCGACCGAUUUCCUGGUGCCCGGACCGGGCAAGCUGGAGAUGAAGUUCACCCCGGCCGACGGUGGUGAGCCGAAGACGUACGUGGUGAAUGAGUACAAGAGUGCUGGUGUUGCGAUGGGCAUGUACAACCUGGACGACUCCAUCCGGGACUUUGCCCAUUCGUCGUUCAAGGUCGCGCUGGAUCGCAAGUUCCCGCUGUACCUCAGCACCAAGAACACCAUCCUGAAGAAGUACGAUGGCCGGUUUAAGGACAUCUUCCAGGAGAUCUACGAGAAGGAGUACAAGAAGCAGUUCGAUGCGCUCGGCAUCUGGUACGAGCAUCGCCUAAUCGACGACAUGGUUGCGUACUGCAUGAAGGCCGAGGGUGGCUUCGUGUGGGCCUGCAAGAACUACGAUGGUGACGUGCAGUCCGACACCGUGGCACAAGGAUUCGGCUCACUCGGUCUGAUGACGUCGGUGCUCGUGUGCCCUGACGGACGCACGGUGGAAUCGGAGGCUGCCCACGGUACCGUCACGCGGCACUACCGCCAGCACCAGCAGGGCAAGGAAACGUCCACCAACCCGAUCGCAUCGAUCUUCGCCUGGACGCGCGGCCUGCUCCAUCGGGCCAAGCUGGACGACAAUGCCGAGCUGAAGCGGUUCGCCGAAACCCUCGAGAAGGUGUGCAUUGACACGAUCGAGUCGGGCUUCAUGACCAAAGAUUUGGCCAUCUGCGUUAAGGGCAUGGCUAAUGUGAAGCGUUCAGACUACAUGGAAACGUUCGAGUUCAUGAACAAGCUGGGCGAGAACCUGAAGGCCGCCCUUACCCAGAGCCGGCUGUAAAGGAAGCAGAACGCCUGAGCCAUUGUAGCCUGGAGAGCAUUUACACAACUCAACAACGCAGCGUUUUUUGGUGCAUUCAUUCAUACAUUCGUGUCUAAGUACGGGGGAGGUGAUUUUUGCUGGUAUAAAUUAAUAAAAUAAAAAAGAACCAUCUUUUGG